AAAAUCAGUAACAAAUGGAAUACUUGCUUAAUUGGUUUGAUAUCUUAUUUUAGAGAAGCUGUCAUACAUACUUGCGAGCUUUUAGACAUAAUUGUAAAAGCAGAAAAUAAGAUUCAAAUUAGAAUUAAGAUUAGUCUUAACAGUAAAAUGCCUAGCCAUUUUCCAGUAUAUGUUUUUUAUUGUCUAAAAGAAUUGGAUGGUCUUGAAAUGUUGUUAAUGGGAAACGUGCUUAUUCCUCAAUCAAAUUUACGCUAG